AUAGCGUUGCUUUACCUCAAGUGUUGUCGACAUCCUACCAACCCCCAGUCGGAGGGUCAAGUCAACCUGUGCAGAAUACAACUAGUUAUACAAGUAUACAAUUUUACUUUUUAGCAGUCAUAUGACGUUUCAUCGCCAAAUUAGAUCAUUAAUAUACCAUCUACGGAGUCUACUUAUCGCUUGAACAUCAUUUGUUAUUGUGUUAUCCAGUUUCCUUUAUAAAAUGUUUAAAUUCAAUACGUCUAGCAAACAUACUACUAACAACCAAACUGAUAAGGAUCUUAAGGAAGAAGGUAAUCGCUUAUUCAGUUACAAACAGUAUGAAAAGGCCAUUGAAUGUUACAAUAAAGCAAUUAUUAAAAACCCUGUGAUUCCUAUAUACUUUACAAAUAGAGCUUUAUGUUUCUUGAAAUUAAAACAAUGGGACAAAGCAUGCACAGAUUGUCGACGUGCUUUAGAAAUGGACUUCAGUUUCAUAAAAGGUUGUUUCUUUUUGGGUAUUGCGCUUAUCGAGUUAGGAAGUUAUGAUGAAGCAAUAAAGCAAUUACAAAGAGCACAUAAUUUAACAAAAGAAAAAAAAGUCAACUAUGGUGAUGAUAUAACAAGCCAACUUAGAAGAGCUCGUAGACUGAAAUGGGAGAAACAAGAAGAAGUGAGACAGAAUCAAGAAAUAGAACUUUUGUCAUACCUGACAAAACUAAUGGAUGAUGAUUUGGCUCGCAAAGUCAGUGAAAUAAAAAAACCAUCGGAUAAUGAAACCGAAAUUGAAGAUUACGAUAACGGUAUUAUGGAAAUUAAAAACCAAAGUGAGAGAUAUGCUGCUGAACUGCAUACCAUAUUUUCCAAGAAUGAUGACAGACGGAAGAAACGCGAAGUACCAGACUAUUUGUGUGGUAACAUAAGUUACGAUAUUUUGCGAGAUCCUGUCAUCACUCCAAGUGGUAUUACUUAUGACCGCAAGGAUCUAGAAGAACACUUAAUGAAAGUUGGACAUUUUGAUCCAGUUUCACGCCAGCAUUUAACUGUUGAUCAGCUCAUUCCAAAUUUGGCUUUAAAAGAAGCAGUCGAAGCAUUUGUAAUGGAAAAUGAAUGGGUAAAUUACUAUUGCACUUUGUAAGCCAAGAUUAUUAAAAAUGUUAUUAAAUAAAGUAUACAUAAUUUUAUAAAUAUUUAAUUUUAAUAACUUCUUAACCUUUCAAAUAAUUAUCAAUAGUAAUUUCCUGUAUAAGAAUGUAUGUACUAUUUAUGGUUAUUAUUAUUCUAAUUAUAUUUUAAAUCAUAAAAAAAAAAAAAUUAAAAAAAUUGAUCGUUAUUUGUAGUCAUUUAUGAAUAAUUAAUAAUACGAUGUAGUAUCUUAAAAAAAUAAUGCACAUUAAUUAAAAUUAUUAUACCUUAUUUUUUGUGUGUAAAAAUAAAACAUUUGUUAAGUUUUACAUUAAAUUGCUUAUAAUAUGGAUAUGAAUUAUAUGAGGACCUGAUAGAAAUUGUACUAUUUCUAUUUAAAAUAUUUUUUUUGAAUAACAAUAAGUUGAACGUUUUAAAACUGAAUGUGGUUUUGUUUCAUCAUUAUUUUUGUAACAUGGUACAAAAAGUAAUGGGUAAUAAAAUGUAUGAUUCAAAUGUUUAAAUUAAUAUUUUAAAAUAUCUAUAUAUUUUAUAGAAUAGGUAAAAAAAUUUUGAAUUGUUUAAUAUUUUUAGACUACAUCAGAUUUAUUAUAUUUUUACACAUUUUUUUUUUUGUAAGUCAGUAUUUUAAAAUUAAAAUAUAUACUAUUAAUACAUUUUUUGUUCAACUGUAUAAUAUUCAAUCUAAGUAUUAAUAUUAUUACUUUAUUUUAUUGAUAUAUAAAUUGUAAGUUAAUUUGUAUUCGUUUGCUAUUAAGUAAACCAUUUAGAUUUUAAUAUAUGUUAGGUUUAAAGUACCUAUAUAAUAUUAUCUAUUGUAUCUACUUAUCAAUAUCAUAACAAGCACGAGCAAAUUGUAUGUUAAAUUUUCCAAAGGUCUUACUUCUUACAUUUUUUAUUGUACCCUCUAGUUCAAAAUGUGAUUUUUUUUUUUAUUAUUUUAUUAUUUUAGUCUAUUACGUACGUGUACAAUAGUAUUGGUUAUGUUAUUUCUGUCGUACAUAUUGUCUAUAUCUAGAUUUAAUCAAGAGCAUGGAUUAAAAAUUAUUUGUGAUAAUAUGAAAUAUGUUUAAGAUAUUUAUUUGCCUUUAUUUUUACUAACUUAACAGUUAAUCUUAUCUGUGUAAUAAUAAAUAAAACAUUUAUUAUGUUACAAAUACAAACAGCUUUAAACAUGUUAAA